AUGUCGACCACGCAGAAAGGAAUGCCUUAUGUUCGCCUGGGCAACUCUGGGCUCAAAGUUUCCAAAAUCAUUUUGGGGACAAUGCAGUAUGGUACCAGCGAGUGGCAAGAUUGGGUUCUUGGAGAGGAAGAAGCCGUUAUCCACAUCAAAGCUGCUUAUGACGCGGGCAUCAACACCUUUGACACGGCAGACAUGUACUCCAAUGGACUUUCUGAGGUCGUACUUGGAAACGCGAUCAAAAAGCUCAACUUACCUCGGGAUGAGAUUGUAGUCAUGACAAAGGUCUAUAAUGUUGUUGGCCGCACCCCGGGUGAAAAGGUCUUCAGGUCAAGUACACAUCCUGAUCAACUAGGCUACGUUAAUCAAAGGGGUUUGAGUCGCAAGCACAUUUUCGCAUCCAUCAAGAAGAGUCUAGAGCGUUUGCAACUUGAUUAUGUUGAUGUCUUGCAGUGCCAUCGCUUUGACACAGAGACGCCUAUUGAAGAGACGAUGCAAGCUCUCCAUGACGUCGUGCAGGCUGGCUAUGUUCGGUAUAUUGGGAUGUCUUCAUGCUGGGCUUACCAAUUCCAAGCAAUGCAAAAUUACGCGAUCGCAAACCACCUUACACCUUUCAUUUCCAUGCAGAAUCACCACAGUCUGAUCUAUCGCGAAGAGGAACGAGAGAUGUUCCCCACACUCAAGAUGUUUGGCGUUGGAUGCAUCCCCUGGUCACCACUUGCCCGAGGACUGCUCACCCGUCCUCUUGGCCAGCAAACAAUUCGUGGAAAGACCGACCUGGCCAUCAACUCAUACGUCCAGCAUGAAUCUGACAAAGAAAUAAUGAACCGCCUCGAGGAAGUUGCGAAGAAGAAAGGCGCCAGCAUGGCGCAAACAGCUCUUGCUUGGUCGAUGGCACAAGACAUCGUCUCAGCGCCAAUCGUUGGGACAACGUCUCUUAAGAACCUGCAGGAUCUUCUCGGCGCUAUCAAUAUCACUCUUACCGCAGAAGAACUUAAGUACUUGGAGGAGCCUUAUCAACCGAAGUCUGUUGUUGGUCACAGAUAA